GAGAAAUGUAUAACUGACAACUCGAGCUUCAACCCCCCACCAACCUUUGAUCCCAUCCCCAGCCACCUCAUCACAACACUCUUCUUCUCUCUCUUUCUCUCUCUCUCUCUCUCUCUCUCUCUCUCCCUCUGAUUUUGAAUCUGAAGCAGAAGGAAUGUCACUCUCCUUGCAAUCUCCGCCAUUCUCAGCUCUCUCCUCCUCUUCUUCUUCUUACCAGAAGGGAAGGCUGAGUUUGACGGGGGGAUCCGCAGCUUCUACUCUGCUCUUCAAGCUCCAGAGAUCAUUUCCUCGAAUUCGAGCUUCUUCUCUUGACACCGGAAUGGGCACUGAAUUGGAUGCAGUGUCUGCCUUCAGUGAGAUCGUACCUGACACCGUUAUUUUCGAUGAUUUCGAAAAGUUUCCCCCAACUGCUGCUACCGUUAGCUCCGCGCUCCUCUUGGGUAUCUGUGGUCUUCCCGAUACCAUUUUCAGGAAUGCUGUGGAUAUGGCCUUGGCGGAUUCUGGGUGUUCUGGGCUGGAAAACUCUGAAUUGAGAUUGUCUAGUUUUGUUAGCAAGGCUUUAGUUAAUGUUGGUGGUGAUUUGUCAAGGCUUGUUCCUGGUCGAGUGUCCACUGAAGUGGAUGCCCGUCUGGCAUAUGAUACUCAUGGCAUCAUCAGGAAGGUGCAUGAAUUAUUGAAGUUGUAUGAUGAGGUUGAUGUUCCUCCUGAACGAUUGUUAUUCAAAAUUCCUUCAACUUGGCAAGGAAUAGAAGCCGCGGGAUUGCUGGAAUCCGAGGGAAUACAAACACAUUUGACUUUUGUUUACAGCUUUGCUCAAGCUGCAGCUGCAGCCCAAGCUGGGGCGUCUGUUAUUCAGAUUUUUGUUGGGCGCAUUAGGGAUUGGGCACGUAAUCAUUCUGGGGAUCAUGAUGUAGAAGCUGCUCUUAGAAGAGGAGAGGAUCCUGGUCUGGCUUUGAUCACAAAAGCUUAUAAUUAUAUUCACAAGUAUGGAUAUAAAUCAAAGUUGAUGGCAGCAGCUGUGCGAAAUAAGCAAGAUCUAUUCAGUCUUCUGGGUGUUGAUUAUAUCAUUGCACCAUUGAAGAUAUUGCAAUCUCUCAAACAAUCUGUAAUUCCUGAUGAGAAGUACUCUUUUAUUAGAAGGCUGUCACCUCAAUCUGCUGCUAACUACAAUUUUACAGAUGAAGAGCUUACUAAGUGGGACCAAUUAAGCCUUGCAUCUGCCAUGGGCCCUGCCUCAGUGGAGCUUCUGGCUGCUGGGCUUGAAGGAUAUGUUAACCAAGCAAAGCGGGUUGAAGAGCUAUUUGGAAAGAUUUGGCCACCUCCAAAUGUGUAAAUGAGUUUUUUCCCCAUGCUAUGAAGAUCUUGUCUGCAUCAAAUAAGUAGAAGUUUCAAGUUUUGCUCUUCCUUAUUCUCCUUUCUCCGUUUGUCGGAUACCUAGAAAUGAUAUCUAUCUAAUGUGCUGUGCUGCAAAACUCUUUAAAUGAUAAGAAAGUGUGGGUUUAAGCCCCAGCCUUUUACAAUCCUAA